AAAUAUCACAAAAAUAACUUGCGAAGAAGACGUAAGAGAAUUGGUGGAGGAAACUUAAAUCUCGAGGUUCCAGCUUUGAAGCUUUUACAAUUGAAAUUCAGUUACAUUUUAACAAUCUUCUUCUCCGAACAAACCACGCAAACACUGUAAACAAUCAACAUAAUAAAUAAGUGACAUCACAGUCAAUAUUUUACGUGAAAUAUAAAAAAAAAAAAAAAUUUUUGACAAAAUGCUGGCAGGCCAAGCGCCGAAGUUUGUGAACAGACAAUUUAAUUCUCCUAUAAACCUGUACUCACCUCAAGCAAUUCAGGAGUCAUUAGAAAAACAGACAAAAUUAUUAUCCAAUGGUGCUGUUGGAAUUGAUUUCAACCAACUGGCGAAGCCAGCAAACUUACAAAACAGCGCGGUGCUAAAAAUGCUGGAGGAAGAAGAAACCAGGCGACGAAAUGGAGGACAACCCGACCUCAUAGAAAAUAAAAUUUCUUCUUUAACAACAAUGGAAGUCCGAGAAAUAAUAAGACCCAAAAAUCGUUGUCGCGAAUAUUGGCCUCCUUUAUGUCCACAGGACGGUCGGCGAUGUCGUUUGCUUUUUUGCCCUUCUUCAGGUUUGAAAAGAGUAGCCUGGCCACCACCGCAGGAUUACGACGAAGUUGAUUAUAUUGAACAGUCUCCAGUUCAAGCUAAGACACGUGGACUUGGUGACUACGUUUCGUAUCAAAGUAGUCCUGUAUCAGGGCCAUCUCCACAACCAGUCAGCCCCGGUGGGACAUUGAAACAACCCUCACAUUUUCAACAACAACCGAAUAUUAAAAAUUGGGCGCCUGUUACACCGCCGACAACUUCGCCAAUUCCGCCAUCUUGGAGUCAACACUCCAAUCAAUCGCCAUCACACUACCAAUCAUCGCAACAUCAUCAGUCUUCAGCAAAUUUUGAACCGCCUCCAACGACAAUCACUCUGAGACCAAAAGCGCCAUUUUCUCAAGAUCCAAGCCCAGUUUAUCAAGCCCAGCCAGCAGCAACCAUGGCGCCCAUGAGUGGAGUAAUGAGAGGAGACUUAAAAUGGCCACCAGAGUCGGUGAAAUAUCAAACAGAAAUGGAAAAUCAAGCGAGAAUGGCGUUAGCCAAAGGACCAGCUUUCAGACCACGACGUCCUAAUAAAGACUACUCACAAUUUUUUGCUCAACACGCUCUUAAUAGUACUUAUCCAGGUUACCGAGCACCACCUGGUACUCAAUACUUUACGCCUUCUUAUCAGCAUUAACUCAACUAAAUUUAAAUAGACUAUUAUUUUUAUCUAUUUAUAUAAAAAUUAUAUUUUUAAUUUCAUGAUUUUAAUUUUAAUAACUAUUUUAAAUAAAAGUUCAGAAAUAUUUUUUUUUUAUUUUAAUCGAGAAAAAAAGCUUGAAAUUUUUUGACAUCUGGUCGCAAUUAUUUCGGUCUUCAGAUUAAGUUUAAAAUUUUAAAAAUA